AUGCACUGGUCUGCUACAUUUGGCUUUAUAGUUUCUACUAUUGAAAUCACGUUGGCCAUCCAUCAAAAUAAGCACCACGGUCACUCGUAUCACUCGAAAGUAGCUGCACAUCCAGUGAAGGCGUACCAGACUUACUAUCCAUCGGCACCAUCAUACCACUACACUAAUCAGCCAACCCAUCACUACUGCAACAUACCUCCAGAUCUAUGGUUGUUUAUCAGUUCGUUUAUAGCGAUUUUACUCUUAAAAAACAAAAGCAAGGAGUACUGGGGAGGACAGAAGUCUAGGUGCGACAGUCCUCAGGCGGCUCAACAAUGUGGUGUACAACAUCAGUGUGACGCGCUGCGCUUUCAUAAACGAAAACCUAUCAAGCUCACCGUCAUCUACGAGGCCCUCUGCCCUUAUUGUCAAAAGUUCAUCUCAAACCAACUUGGCGGGAUGUAUCAACAGCACAAGGACCAUCUCGAGCUAGAAUUGAUCCCAUGGGGAAACUCUCGGAUUCUCAGGGAUGGUUCGUUCUCGUGUAAUCACGGAAAGAAGGAGUGUGAUGCCAAUCGACUGCACUCAUGCGUGAUUGACGUGCUGAAGUCCUCCGGAGCGCUGCCGUUCAUCGUGUGUUUCGAGCGAAUUGUUCAUCACAACACCGUCGAUCAGGCGAUGCAUUUCUGCUCUGCAUUCAUUCGCAAUCAGUAUCGGCAAAUAAGAAAAUGCUACGAUGGUGAAAGGGGCAUCCAACUUCAGCGAAUGGCCGCACACAAGACAAUGACUACGAAACCUCACCCAAUUCUCGAGGUGGGACCGUUGCUAUGA